AACCAAAUAGUUGUUCUUUGUUUUAGUAUUUUUCAUGUCGUUUCCUUCACGCCUGACGGAUAGUUUCAGUUAUUUGAUUCACUAAAAUUAUACUAGCGUUUCAAGAUUUUAGACCGUGCCAGUUAGCGCACUGUCGUAUUCAUUGAUUGUAACAUAAUACCAAGACUGGAGCCUCAGAUGCCACUAUUCAAUUCAACUCCUAGAUGCAAAAAGUAUGAAAGAAAGUCUCAAACCCAAAAGUUAAACGUAGUUACAAAUCUAAAACAAAAACGCUAAUUUUCACUCUAUUCGCAUUUUUUAGUAUUUUUUCUUUAAGUUGAAAUAUCUGUUUCUUAAUGCUCACAUAUUUAUACAUCCGAGGCCAAUUAGAAGGUCUUUGACAGCACUAUCCUGGAGAAAAUAUGCAAAGAAAACUAAUAGGCAACUUCCCCCACCCCGAAUCAACACAUUCAUUUUAAACUCCUUGUAAUCAUUGUAACCUGAUGCUUGUUAGUCUGGUUAUCGUUAGCCUGCGCGGAGCCUCAAAUCUCAGAGGAAAAGUAGUCAAGGCUUCGUGCAAGCUAGUAAUCGUUGCUCACACUGUACUAUCAAUUUAUUGUUUUAUAACACGCUUUUUUCGCAGACGUUCGUUGUUACGCUAUCUCCGUGAAAGAGAGGUUGUUUUUGUGGCUGAAAAUGAGACAAUGUCAAACUGCCGAUAAUAAUGGAAACAUUUUAAUUUUAAAUUCUUAAAUUCUUAAUCAGAGGAAAAGUAGUCGAGGCUUCGUACAGGCUAGUCAUCGUUGCUCACACUGUACUGCCAAUUUAUUGUUUUAUAACACGCUGUUUUCGCAGACGUUCGUUCUCCAGACCAAACAGCUGCCCAUUCUCGAAAAUGAUCAGAUUGCACUUGACCAUUCAAAACUUGCUGAUAAUAGCUAGUAUGGAAUCUAGAGCUCUCAAUCUUUGAUCACUUUUAUCUUUAAAAUAGAUUGUUUGGAUCAGCCUAAGGUUUCUUAAAUGCUAGCAAAUCCAAACGUAGCUUAUCUUGAUAAACUUCAUAGCACAGAGUAAAUAAGCAAACAAACAAGUGACGCCUGUGCUUUGGACGUAGUGGGUUGGGGGCCUGGGACCGAGAAUCGUAAGAGACGUGAAGUUGCCUACAACUAUUCUGUGUUUUCAUAAACACGUCAGAAUUAUACCGCAGGAUCACCAUUGCUGCUUUUUGGUGAUAAUGAAAACCAGGCUUCAAUCGAACACAGUUCGUGUAUACAUCCUGUUCUGUACAAAACAGAGUAACCGAGCAUUGUGGGAAGCCUCAUCGAUAUUGUCCUUUCAAUCCUCCGAAGAACAAGGUCGAUUUCCAUCGCUUUCUGAAAAGCGAUGUCGAAUACAAUGUACCAUAUUCAAAACAAACUUCUUUGCCUAGACACACUUAUCGUAAUAGGUGGCAGUGUUUUCUAUCUUGGGUUAAGAAUUUUGUACUUAAUGGCAGAUUAGGCCGUUGUCAGUUUAAGAUGACAUAUAAAAGACAAGCGGAAAGUCGCGGUUCUGAAUGAGCUUUAAAUGGAAAAGUGUCCAAAAAGGAGCCUAAUUAAUUGUCUCGAAUAAAAGCCGGUCUCUAAACAACUAUGGCUGCCCAUUUCUAGCAAUAUUCAAUCAAAUGUGUUAUUCAUGCAAUACCCGAUUCAAUACUUGUUUUAAUUGUAACAUUCUUCAUUUGAAGGAAGAUUUAAUGUAAAACUUAUAAAAAAUACAAAAAUCUGUAUUCAAUUAAAAAAAUUAUUCAAUGCAAAAAAGUGUUUUCAGUGCAAAAAAAUGUCUUCAUUGUAGAAAAUAUGUGCAAUAUGAAGAGACUGGGGAAAGCGCGUCUUUUCUGUGUGCUUCGUUUUUAUUAGACAACCCGCUCGAGUCACAACCGGUCACAACUAGUCAUAACACGACACAAGUCUUUGAAUGUGAGAACACAAAAAUAGCUGAUAAAAAUGAUAUAACCAACAAGACUGCUGAUCUGCUGGAGGAGGCAUCACAACUCCUCAGAAGUAGGACAAGAUGAUCAACUUCAAUAUCAGGGCCGCCACCAAAAAGUAGGCCAAGAUCGCCACUGAACAUUCAAAAUGACAACAGCAGAUCAAGUAGGCAGUCCGAAAAACAAACUAACUUCAUCUAAUUUAAGAAUGAUGUCCGUCUAAAUGCCAUAAUGAAUUUAGCCAAGGAACACUAUAUGUCCUCCGUGACACCAAGACACCCCAUUUCAAGGAUCCACCCUGUUGGUGUUGCUUGGUACUCUUCUUCACUGCGCAUGCACUCCCACUGACCUUAAGUAACCGGUUAUGUAUGGCUCUUCAGUAGUCGAACCAUGCCUUGAGAUAUAAUCCAAAAUGAUUUCAUCGAGCCUAUCAUCAGAAACAUCGCUCAACUGCUAUCGAUGGGUCAAUCCAUAUUCUUCAACUCUGCGGGAUAUCGUCCACCUAGAUACUCCAAACAUUAAUGCAAUUUUGCUCCAGGAAAAACGCAUACCACGCAAUUCAAUUCCUCCAAGGUUUCUUUUGGAAUUGACAAACGAGGUCGACCAGCAUGUCUUACACGUUUUCCUGGAAUUCUCAGCGCACACAGUGUUAAAUUUUGAUGACAAAUUCAAAUGUAAAUCUUCGAGAUUCUUUCUAAGCAUGUUUAGCAUAUUUUCUAGAUCUGAGCAUACUCUUCCAUCAUUCACACUAAUAUUUACCGGUGUAUUGUUGAUAAAAAGAAACUGUAUCGCUGAAUUGAGCAAUUCAAUUGUACCCAGGGUUCCAAUCAGGUAACAUUCAUCAUCCAAUGAGCCAUCUUCAGCGUAAUUAAAGGCUCCAUCUUCCAGCUUCUUUUCAAGAUUGGAAAUUCUUGUAAUAUCUCCUUCUAUUCUUUCAGGAAUAUUAAAAAAACUUUUCAAAUGCAUUUCUUCCUGAUCGUCAUCAACUUCGUCCAUCUUUUAUAUUGUGUAGGCCCUUAAGUGCCUUAAGCCCUAAGACGAACGCGUUCGCCCCAGUGAUGUUGAACAUUUUGUUUUGGAUUGAAAGAUUAUAUUGCAUUGAACAUGUUUUUCUGCAUUGAAUACAUUUUUUUUGCAUUGGCCUUAUUUUCUGUACUGAAUAGGUUUUUGAAUUUCAUACAUUUUAUUGAAUACAUUUUAUUGCUACAAAUGAGCAGCCAUAGUCAACGCCAGGCAAAUUUAUCCUGUUUUGCCCACUUGUUCGUGGUUUGGAGUUCGUUCAAAUUUUUAAAAGACGCUAUUUCAUAAAGGACAUUGAAACUCAUAUUCUGAUAGGACAAAAAAUUAGAAAUAUAGAAACGCUUGUCGUCGAAAAACUCCAGUCUGAGUUAAUGCCAGGUUAAAAGUUGAACUUUUAGAAAAACCAGCUGGGGCGUUUAUUCGAGUAAAUGCCGUAUCUGCUUUCAGUGAACCUACCUUGAUUUUCGCUUAACUGUUUCUCAGUUCAAAGUACAAUAUCUAAUGUCGCUAGUUUGAUAAUCUCCUAGUUUCGUGUAGUCUUGUUGAUAUCAUAGGGCAAUGUCAGCACUUAGCGUUUUACUUAGAACUUGAUUAGGAGGGUUCGAGUUCGAGGAUGAGGACAGAUGUGACGUUGUGUCAAGUCAACGUAAAUGAUUACCAGCUUAAGAUUUAAUCAUGCUGUACGUCACGUAGUUGUUUGUAAUUGAAGGGAGGUCUGAUCAUUAUUAUUAUUAUUAUUAUUAUUAUUACUAUUAUUAUCGUUAAUCAUCAUCAAUCAUAGCCUUCAACAAUUAUCAUCGCAACAUGAACACAUGACUCAGUUCUAUCAAUGAAUCGAUAAUGAAAGUAGCAAUCAUUAUAGUCAUAUUUUUCGUCAUCAAAAUCGCCCUGUACGUUGUUGUGCGUUGAGACUGGGUUUGACUGGGAUGAACUGGGAUUGGACUGGCGGCAAUGCUGUAUUUUUCUCUGUGGUUUUCUGUUUACGUGACCAUGGCAAAGCAAACGUAUUUUCUUACACACAAAGCUAAUCCUUUCAGGUUUCAAUAUGAAUAUAUCCGAUAGAGUUCGAAUCGUUUAUCGCAAUCACCGUAAGCUAAUCUGACCGUCUGCAUCUCCAUCACCAAAGCACAAGACACAUUUGCAAGUCAUAUUGAUCUCAGCCCCCGGCACAAAGUGCAAGCAACACAUCAGUUCCCGAGAAUUUACAGUACUUGUCAAGAUUUGCUCGUAGAUGAAAUUUAGUUAUGGAUAACUGGAACAAAUCUUCAUUGCAUCCAAACAUAAGCCAAAAUGAGACUGGUUUACCACAUCAAGAGGGUGACUUUUGGAAGAUUACGGCAAGAUGCAUUUAUAUAAUUGUCUUCAUUUUAGGCACUGCUGGUAAUUUGCUAACUUGUUACGUGAUAAUUACACGAAAAUUCAUGCGACGGGUUAUUCAUAUUUAUACAUUCAACUUGGCUCUUUCCGAUUUGGUAGUUAUUUUGCUGUAUAUUCCCGUCGAGAUAGUGAGAAAUGAAAAUGAUUUAAGGUGGGUGAUGGGACAAACUAUGUGCAAAGUCUGCAGCUUUGUAACCCCAACAUCGUUGAUGGCUUCGAUAUUCACCCUUGUUGCAAUAACCCUUGACAGGCAUCGCGGAGUGACGAAGCCAUUUCUCUGGCGUGGUGAUUCCAAGAAAUUAUUGAAAUGGACAAUUCCAGGAAUUUGGCUCGUGUCAAUCACGUGCAGCUACCCGCUUUUUCACUACUCAGCAGUACAGACGCACAACGGUUCAAAGUACUGCGUUGAACAGUGGCCUUCUCAACUAAAUACGAGAAUAUACUGGAUAACAAUGUUUCUACUAACAGUUGUUAUCCCACUAUUUAUUAUUAUCUUUGCAAAUGUCCAUAUGAUAUACGUAAUGAAAAAGGUCCACAAUGCCGUGUCCCAAACAGACCAGGCCGAGCAACACAAGCAGCAUCGGCGAAUGAUCCGUAUGGUGAUUGCGCUUGUCCUUGUGUAUGCAAUAUGUUCGUCUCCACAGCAUAUUACCUUCUUCUGGUUCGUUUAUGGCGACCUGGAAAAACGCGAGGCACUCUCAAAGCACAUUUUCAAAGCAUCAAAUUUAAUGAUAAUUUUUCAGUCUGCUAUCAAUCCAAUUAUUUAUGGUAUUGGCAGGAAAGACUUCAGGACUGCUUUCAAAAACACGUUUCAGUGUAUUAGACUACGAAUAUGGGUUUCUGAAACCAAUGGCAGCCCCCAAACGAGGGCGCUUCGAAGCCUCGUAUUGUCGGUUGCGCAGUUCGACCAGCUCUCCUGUGAUGGCGAUAAAGCGGACCAAAGCUUGUCGAAUCCAUCGCUCUUCAGCCAGGACCAACCGUUGAUCAAUAAGAAGCUGGAUAAUCUUCGUAAGAAGAUCGAAGUUAGAGCCCGCACCGAUACUCCGCCAAUAGAGCGAAAGACGAGCUUGUCAGUACAUAAACCCAACGGUGUCUUCACAAGAGAAAAGAAUUUGUCACUGCCAGUUUCGUUAGGUUUCGCGAAGAAAGCGCCAUUGAGAAACAAAAGCCCUCUCGUUCCAUCGUUUAAAGAGCCCCAGUCUAACGGAACUCCGCGUUUCUCGCAAUUUGUUAUUGAUGCUAAAGAACUCUUUAGGCUGCCUGAAGCUCCUGAGACAAUCUUGUAAAUGAAGCUUAGUCGUUAGUACAUUGGUUAGAUCCAUGCCUCCUUCGCGACUGAAGUGAGUUGCUCCUGCGCAUUGUUCGUUUGGUUUUCAACUGGAUGAGACAUUUUUGCUGGUGUUUCUGACUAAAAGAUACUCAUGCCACGCACAGUCAGUGUCUUGAGAAAAACCCUGAACGAGAGUUGAUAUUAAAGGGUCUACAAACAUUGCCUUUAAAUGCCUACAAAUGAAAAAGGUUCCUUUAGACAAAUAGAAAAUUCCAGUUUCAAGAACUGUAUAACCACAAAACCAUUUAUUGUGAAUAAUCCUAAAGAAUAUAUAACCGUCAUUUUUACUCAGAAGAACAAACACUUUCUUGACUUUCUUGAAAGAAAAAUUAGAUAAAUUUAUACGGUAACUCAAACAUUUAUAGUCUACAUGGAGUCAUGCUGGCGUUGAACUUAUCUUCUUUAAUGAACCUUCAGUUGCCUUAACUUUGUUCCAUGAUCCCUGAAAUUGUGAGAAUCUCUUUGUAAGAUUCUGUUUAGAUUUUGCAACAUCUAGCAAACCAUUUCAGCAUGCCUUCUCAAUAUCCCUCAAAUCUAAUUAGAACUGUUACCUCCGUAACGACCAAUGAAGGAAUCUUAGAAGCAGCACUUUCUUUGCGAGGGGUAAAAGGUGCACCCCCCCCAAAUAAUCAGAAGUUUGGUGUCUGUGGAAAAUAAAAAUCUGUAGCAAGGUAGUAAAAUAGCUGACGACACAGCUUAUAUAAAAUCAUUUUCUGCCUUCCUGGCAACAAAAUACCAUGGUUACAAAACAAAAUCCUUACCCAGAAUCUCCUGCUAGGCUUGCUUUACUCGCCUUUGCCACUGCCCCCCCCCCCUUCCUCAGACAAUGACCUCCUUAGCUCCAUCAAUAAGAAUCUGUCGUUAUCUUCCCACCCUAAUCAACAGAUGCCAGAUUUUCGUAUCUUAAGCUUAGAGCAACAUUCCAGUAUCUUGUAACAUUAUGUGUCAUGCACCUCGGUGCACCCAUCCUUGUUUCAGCACAAAUACUCACACCAACUUUGGUUCAUUUGGAUACAAACAUGUGGGCGUGGACAACAAUCUUUUUGAACUGUGUGUAUUCAGGCUUAUUACGUAUGAUGGUAUAAGGCUCAAAUUUUCUGACCUUCCUACAUAUUCUUGAUUGACUAUCAAUAUAGUUAGUAAAAAAAUGACCGAAAAUUGAUAUAAUUAGACAACAACCUUGUACAUUUGAAAGUUGAAUAUAAUUGCGACUUUUCGAGCAUAACUCUUCACCAGGCGAGCAGAACACUGGAGUAACGUUUUGCUCAAAGCGUCGCAAUUAUCUUUAACUUCCAAAUGCACAAGGUUAUACUAAUUUUUGGUCACUAUUGCCUUAUACAGGGACCGCAGAAGCAGGGACUGGGGCUGAGGACUGGGGGGCUAGGGGUCUAGAAAGGGGCUUAAGCCCCAAUUUCUUUCCAAAGCUGUACUUGAGACAAUUCCAAACAAAUUUGCUUUUGGUCCUUUGAAUGUAUAGUCACCCCUCAAAUCCGUAGUAUGCUCAACGGUCCCUGUCAUUUAUUAGAUUUUAACGAGAGAAGUCAUAUCAACGUGUUAAAAUUCAAAUAAUAGUAGCUAUGUGAAUAAACAUGUAAAAUUUUAGCUGAAUUUUAUGGGUAAUCGAAAGUUAAUUAUAAUCAAUUCAAAUGAGGCAUGGAUUUUUGUUCUGUUCUAUUAUUGGGCAUUGAUGCAAUACUCAGUUAUUUCGUAGUUUCUUUCCCUUUUUGAAUUUUCUAUUCCUUCCCUUUUUGAAUUUUUGAAGAGGUAUUUCAAGAAGAUUAUGGCGAAAAGUGAAAAAGCAAGUAGACUCAAAUUGAAACAAGACAAUUAUUGCAAGUAUACAUUACCAUAACAUGUUAUGAUUUAAAAAAAUAUAACUUUAAGUAAAUAACACUCUACAUUUCCUGCCAAAAGAUCCUUGGGCAUCCUGUCGUUAAAAUAUUGUUUGAAAACGACUUCAAUUUCGGGUGGAAAAGACUUACACCGCACAUCCUUUCCUCUAAAACAAUAGAGUACCAAAGUGAUGACGUCAUAAAUGUAUUUUUAAAAGCCUUCAAUUUGACAAUAUAAACCAAAAAU